AUGUCUCCAAACCCUUUUACGGAAAAUGAAAUCACAGAAGCCAAUGUGAGCGAUUUAGCGAUGCGCAAGGAAACCCACCAAGCGGAAGAUACGAGAAUAACGGAAGCGUUGUAUGUGCUACUUCGCCGCAAUAAUACAUCCAAUUCGACUGGCUUCCGUAACCAAGUUGCGAGAUUCGACUUGGCUGGUUCAUUCACCUUCAUGUCAGCAACGAUUUCUCUUCUCUUGGCACUAUCAUGGGGUGGAACUACCUAUGCAUGGAGAAGUUCAGGCAUUGCAGCCCUACUGACCCUCGCCGGUGUCCUAUUCUGCUUGACACAACUCACUUCAGCUACUCCAUCUACCUUCCGUGCUGUCAAUACUCCUCUUACCGUUCCGCUACUUGGUCUUACUAGCACCGCAACGCCAUUUACUGCCGGAAUUCUGAACAUUAGUACCAAGGCCAUCAUCGCUCUUUAUGGUCUAGCCUUGAUCGGAUCGGGUGCUACAAUUAUUCUAUCAGCGAUCUAUAUGUUCAAAUUUACAGCUCGCAUCGUCUACUGCGCUCUCUUCUUCUCCUUCCUCGCAUCCAAUUUCGCAAUGACUGUUACGCUGAACCUAACAGCCGUUACCAGCAUGGUAAACCAGAUGGUCUCUUUAGUAGGGCCUGCUCUAGGCAUUGAAGCUUCUCUAGCAGAAAUCAGAGCAUAUGGAUUUAGAAGAAGGAUAAGAACAGACGUGGAGAUUGGAGAUUGGAAGGGAAUUAUGAACGAGUUGAAGAGAAAUUGGAAGAAGCCUGUACCAGAUGGACUUCCUACUACAGAAUCUGAUGAAAAUCUCAUGUUGAUCGAGAGGGUAGAUGAGGUCACUAGUGUAGCGACAAAAGAGCAGUCAUAUCGUUUAAGAUGA